AUGUGCGGUAAACAUUUUCAGGCUUUCGAGAGUAAGUCAUCCCAGGGUGUACAACAAGCUCGACCUUUUGUCCCGGAGGUGUCAUGGAUUAGACGUCGGGACCUGCAUGUGCUGACGUCGGGGGUUCACACCUUCGCGUCGGACCAGCGGUUCAUAGCCCUCCAUGCAGACCGGUCGGAGAACUGGACUCUCCAUAUCAGGUUCAGCCAAGCCCGUGACUCCGGUGCCUACCAGUGCCAGGUCAACACUGAUCCCAGGAUUUCUAUGCUCUUCCAUCUCACGGUCACAGCCCCUGAACCGCUCUCACGUCUCCCGGCAGAGGCAGCGACACUGAUGGACGGCUCCAACCAGAGAUACGUGCGGGCAGGAAGCGACAUUCAACUCUCCUGCAGAACAUCCGUCGCCUCGCAGCCCCCAGGCCUCCUGUACUGGUACCGGGACGCGGAGAUCCUGAACACCGGCGGCCGCGUGGACAUCGCGACGGAGCUGGAGAACGAGACCAAGAGCAAGCUGCUGAUCAAGGGCGCCAGGGUCAGCGACUCCGGGAACUACACCUGCUGGCCCACCAAGUUCCUGCCCGCCUCCGUCAUGGUGCACGUCAUACCAGUCGAGUUCCGUUUUUCUAUUAAUAUCUUCCCAUUUUCUUAUUCAUCCAAACGAGCCAAGCUCUCCCUCGCCAGCAGCAUAUUCUCCUCACUCUUAGAAUUACCAGACACAGCUUGA